CAUAAGUACACUCUCUCACUAGACAGCAGGCCAGCCCAGGCAUUCUUGCAGCAGCCAGCGAACAGAAUCUUCUCCUGAUACAGCAAUAAUCUCAAGAGUGCUCACUGGGAUUCAGAACUUCUAUUGACCAUGGGGAAGAAGCUGGACUUGUCUAAGCUGAGUGAAGAGGAAGCUAAACAUGUCUGGGACGUGGUUCAGAGAGACAUUAACCUGCGCAAAAUAGAGGAGGAGAGAAUUGAGGACCUGAAGGAAAAGGUAGAAAAGGAAAGCUCCAAGAGGGAACUUCUCUCCAACCAGAGCCACCUAAAUGAGACUCACUGCAUGCAUUGUCUGCAACCCUUCCAGUUCCUCAUCAACAGCAAACGCCAGUGCAAAGACUGUCAAUUUCAUGUCUGCAAGAACUGUAGCCGCUACAACAAGAAAGAGCUUGGCUGGGUGUGCGACUCAUGCAGAGUGGACAGGUUGGUGAAGGUUGGAUCACUGGAUUGGUAUUAUGAUCAUGUUCGAUCUCGUUUCAAACGGUUUGGCAGUGCUAAGGUGAUGCGCUCCCUUUACAUGAGGCACCAGUCGGACGCUAGAGGAGCAUCAGGUCUUCAGAACAAAGUAUACAGCUUGCCGGAUAUCAACAGAGAAUAUCUGCGCCAGGCUCGAGCUGGGAUGUUCCAUGAUGAGGAUGAGGACCUUAUAGAUAGUGCUGAAGCUCAACGCUACAAUAUGAUGCGCAAGACCAAGCGCAAGCUCUCCGUUCACCCUUAUGAUUUUGAUAUGGAUUCUGAGUACUCAACUCAGUCCCGCAGACAAUCCAUGCAACUCUCACCAACUCUAGAACAGGAUGUUUUCAAGUCAUUCUCUGAGCGUCCCAGCACUGGGAGAGAUGCGACUUCACAGAAGGAGUCUUUAAUUGCCGAAGCUGAUCUUGCAUCCAUGUUUCACCACAUCCUUCAAGAGCAAGGGCAGAAUGCGGCCUCGCCAGAGCAAGAGUUCAGUACUGAAGUCCGAUUAACAGUCAACUCUCGGCGCCUUAGCCUUGAGAACACCCGGAGGCCAAAACUUCCCUUCCUAACAGAAUCCCAAAUUAGCAACCAUUUCCCUGACCCUCAACUAACUCGCACCCGCUAUCUCCCUAAAGGCAGCCCCUCCCUUGCACCCAAGGGGUCACAGUACUCCGGAGACAUGGACACCUCAGACGAAGAAGGGGGAGCUAUUCCUAAAGUUCCCCCUAGAAGGCGAAGCAGAGCUUCAUCUCAAGAGAAUGUGCAUCAUUCUGGUGGCCAGAUCUCUGAUUUGAACAAGCGUAUGUCAACUAUUGAACGGAUGUUAAACCGCCUAGAGGAGAGGCUGUCAGUAAAUUCAGAUGAGUCCACAGGCCCUGGAGUACAUACAGAUGCUGACAUUGAAGAGGAAACUCUAAAGAGGAAGUUGGGCGAACUGGCCAGCAACAUCAGUGACAAAGGAGGAUCCUCAGAUGAAGAGAAGAUCUCCAAACCAAAGUCAUCUCAUAAGGAACCACAGACUACUGAGACCCAGAAGAGAUCAGCGGCUCAGGCACUGACUGACAUCACAGCAAAAACCCUGAGGACCAUAAAUGCCACCGAGAGAGUCAUACGUGAUGCAUUGGGGGGCGAUUUUCAAAGGGGACCUCCAAAUAUUUCUCAGCCAAGAGUCAGCAGGGAGGCACAGGGGGAAUUCCAGAGCCUGGAGGAAGAUGUUUACAUGGCAGCAGAAAAGGCAUACACAUUGGAUAAGAAUCUUCGAGACCUAGAGGAGCGUGCCCGUCAGAGCGGUACCACUGACUCCGAAUUGUCAGAGUUGGAGGUCAGUGUGGCAUCAGCAAUCGCACAAGUCCAGCAGACAGAAAGUGAGGUGUCGGACAUUGAAUCGAGAAUAGCAGCUCUGAGUGCAGCCGGAAUGACUGUCUCCCCUGUAGACAAAGCCAAAAGGAAAUCAAGUUCUCGAGUUUUUGCUCCUGCCAUUUCCCGAAGUACAGAGCCAUUCCAGGAAUCCACUCCUGAUAUGUACAGCAUGUCAUCUCCUAGUGAUGCCAAGAUUCUAGCCAUGCAGCAGGCUCUCAGGAAGAAGUUUAACAUUGACCCAGAUGCCAUAGAUUUACCAGUUGAGAAAAGUGCAUUGUACCGCGGUUCCUUGACCCAGCGCAAUCCAAACGGGAAAAACAGAAAGGCAGACCGCAUCUUUUCUAAACCCAUUGUGAAUCAGAGAUGAAGCAAUGAAUCCUGCUUUUGUCCUUCACACCUCCAUCCAACAGCCUAUUAAUACUGCCAUUUAUAAACCCAUGUGAUCCUUGAAGAGUAUUCUGUUUCUCUUGGAGGAAUACAAAUGCAAUAUGGAUGAAGUAGGGGAAGAAUGAAAAGAUACCUGAAUGUAGUCUGAACUGAAUGAAUAUUUUUUAUAUUACAGGUCAGAAAAGGUACCUCCACCCUCAGAUAAUAUACAGUGCCCCCCCCCCCCCUCGCAGCUUGAUCUAGGGGCUCUUGGCCUCCAUACCAUUAGAACAUUUCAGGUGGAAAGCACCAAGUUACCUAAUCCUGUCUGAGAACAAGCAAAGAGCAUUGUGAGAUGGAACCCUAUUAUAUUCUCUGUUAUACCUAGUCCUUGUUUGUAUUUUACAUUAUUGCUUUCAUAGAAAUAUAUAUACUGUUACUUGCUUAUGUCACCUUUAUUGCUGACUUGAAAUAAAAUCUUUGGAAAAAA